AUGGCAGAUUCACUAAAAGACAUUCCUGAGUUCUUUGAGACUGAACUCGGAGAGGCUAUAAUUGCGCGAACAGAUGCUUUAGGAACAUUUCGCGAAUUAGGUCCUCCAGAUCUAUGUCACAUUAUAAAAGUUAAUGCCAAGCCAGGUAUCAAGGAGUUAGGUAGCUAUCACUAUAUCUCAGGUGUGGAUGCGUCUUCUUCCGCUUCUCUAGCAGCGUAUUUAAACUCGCUGACUUAUUCCAUGGACGAUACUCAAUCGUGGUUUACAAAAUCAAACUCUUGGCGUAUUCGAUCUGGUAUAUAUUGCUGCUAUAAUGCAUUUUCUCGGGUAGAUGUUAGGGUAGAAGUAAAGAUUCCGGGUGGUGUAGAAAGUUAUUAUGUGGAUGUUCGCGGCGAAAGGCAUGAAGCAACUGCUGAAAUAUGGCAGGAGACUUAUCUAUCUGCCGUAUUGAGAGCUAUUCUGUACUCGGACGAUAGCUAUUAUCGAUUAGCAGGAUACCGUAAAGUAGAUCCAAUAUUAAAUUUACCAGCAGAAGCGAGAUUUUUAGAAGCGGUCGAAUCAUUGUUUUGGAAAGGUUGGCAAUUGGGUAGUAAACCCGAGAUCCAAGUUGCUACAUCAGUCCAUAAUCAUUUGACGGAUGGUGUCAUGAAGUAUUUUGGCGAUAGCUUUCGGUUUGCACCAGCUAUUGAAUUAUUUAAAAAAUUGCACAAAAAGGAUCCAGAAGUUGGGGCCCUCUUGGCAAAAGCCUAUAUUGGUCAAAACGAAGAAAUAAAGGCUGUGAAAGUACUGUAUGAAGAUUUGAAAUCUGUUUCGAUGAGCUACCCUUUAAUCCAUGUACAAGUUGAUUUUUUACGGGAAAAGGGAGAGUAUACCAUGGCUUUGAAGUUAGCAAAAUAUGCAGUGGAUACAACACCAUCGGAAUACUUAACUUGGGCUAAAUUGACGGAAGUUUAUAUUGAUCUUAAUGAUUACAAAAACGCUCUACUGACUUUAAACUCAUGCCCAAUGUUUACCUACAAUGAACGUGAUAUGCAUCGUAUGCCCGCCGCUGCCAGGACACAUCUUCCCAUUAAACCGGAUAUUAUAAAUUCGGGUAUUAUGGAGGAAGACUCUGCCGGACGUGAAUCAGAGACUGACUCCAAUAUAUCCCGACUUCCAGCACCUGCUUUGCAUGGAACAUUUUCUAAAGCAUACUCAUUGUUGACAAGACUCGCCAAUGCUUUAGGAUGGGAUGAGCUACUUCGAUGCAGAUCACAAGUUUUUGUAAUGGAAGAAGAAUACCGUAUGCAUAAAGCCCAGGAAGGGAAUAGAAGGAGCAUGGUAAAGGCUGAUGACUUGGACCAAAAGUUAAAAGAAACUUCUAUCGCUGAACCGAAAGUUCCUGAACCAUCCGUUGAAAAACCAACACAGACGGCAGAAGAUGAACUGAAAGAAGAAGUAUCGUUUUCUUUUGGAAAUAAAAGGCUGUGUGAAAGAUGGCUCGACAAUCUUUUUAUGGUUUUGUACGAGGAUUUGAGGAUUUACACUUUUUGGAGAACCGAAUCUGCCCACUACCGCGCCCAAAAAAUAGCAUAUCGCAAAACAGGUACCGAGUGGGAACUCUUGGGCGAUUUAGGAUUAAGGUUAUGGCAUGAAAAUGAAGCAAAGGAAGCAUACGAGUUCUGCUUAGAUUAUAAAUUUUCUGCAAAAGCGUGGAUGAGAUUGUUAGAAAUAUAUGCCAAGGAAGGAAACACACAAAAAGCAUUACUAGCCGCUGUAAAAUUAACCGUUUAUCACGAACGCUGGUAUCACGAAAUAGUGUAUCCCACUGAAAUUUCAUGUAACUUGAACAGCCUGAUCAGAAAGGCUGGUCUCUCAAAAAUGCAAAACAUUUUAACAUCCAUGAACUUGCCCAAACCUGUCCAAAAGUUAAUGACCCGUUAUUUUGAUUACGGCGAGCUUUUUAAGGUGGAAGGAUAUGAAUUAUAA